AUGACCACUCCUAUCUGCGUUAUCUCUAAACGAAAAGGGACCUCCUCUGGUGAACAAGACAUUCACUCUUUACCUUGUAAGCUCCAUUACGAUGGUCCGGCGCCGGUAUCAAGUUAUUUCAUCCAAGAAGAGGGCCCUAACGGGAAGAGGCGGGCUGCUUUUCGUGGCCAUGGGCUAGAAGGAGUGAAGCUUGAUUUACCUCCUAAUUAUGAACUAUGUGUGCUGAAAAAACGAGCUGGUGAUGUUUUCGAUAUUGAGCGUCGUGAGCGUUCUUUCAUGCUUUGGGAAUGGGAUAGGGAGGCUGGUGAGCGAUCCGCUGCUGCUAGAGCACUUUCACAGUUGAAGGUAGCUCACGCCCUCGCCGACGAUUGA